CCGCGGUGAUCUUCCAAAGGGUCGCACAAAAAGAAGGGCCGCGGAAGAACGCGCGGGCCCCGCCAUGGCGAGAUGAGCGUGACGCGUUCCAGCAACAAGUGCCAGGUAGAGUUCCUCGAGCCCGAACUUCCGGACAUCCGGGCUCCUCUGGACCCGCGGCUUUUCGCCGCGGCGCCGGCGCCGGCGCCCAGCGCUGCCAGCGCGCCUUUGGCGCGGGAGCCGUCGCCGGAGGCGGUGGGCUUGCUGCAAUGCGCGGUGGCGAAGCAGCUGGGGCGUUCCGUGAAGAAGGGCGAUGUGGAGUACAGCUUCGAGGUGGCUGCGGGGCAGUUCGUGGCCACAGUGGUGCUCCCCGAGGAGCUGCAGAUGGGGCCCUUCAAGGGUGAUCCCGAGGUCAAGAAGGCCGGUGCCAAGAAGUCCGCGGCGGAGGCAGCGCUGGCAGACCCGGGCUGGGGCAACUUGACCAAAGGCGCGCCAGACGCGCCCGUCGUGGCCAUCUCUGAGGCUCGCCGGAAGUGCAACAAGGCGCAAGGCGACGCGUUUCAGAAGCCCGCGCAGCGCAAGGCCAGGGAGGCCGCUCGGAAUGUGAAGAUGGAACCCACGGAGAAUCCUGUAGGCAAGCUGAAUGAGCGGCUCUCGGCCAUUGCCCGCCGCACGCUCACGCAGCAGGAUGUCUCCUACAAUUUCACGGCCGGUCAGUACGGCUUCGCCUGCACAGUGAGCGUCGACCAGGCGGCUCUGGGCAUCGAUCCUGGGCACCUGAUCCAAGCCGCCGGGGACGUCGCGGCCUCGAAGAAGGAGGCCAAGUCUCAGGCGGCUGCCGCGUUGCUCGCGUGCCCGAAUCUGGAGGAGUACCUUCCCCUGCCGGAGAGGCCAAAGACGGAGAAGUCCGAGAGACCUUCGGUGGUGCUGCUGCAGCAGGUGCUGCAGAAACUCCUCAGGAGGGUGCCCACAGAGGAUGAUCUCAUCUACACCUUCCAGGAGGACGCCUGCGGGUCCUUCGUGGCCUCGUUGCAGAUCCCCAUCAUGCCCAAGCUGGCGACGGUCCUAGGAGCUCCCGCGCCCUCCAGGCACGAGGCCAAGCAGCUGGCGGCCUGGGCGGCGCUGCAGCGGAUCCUCGAGAGCUGAGCCGAAGGCCCAAAGGAGCGGAGGCUGCGAGCCUUGAGCGAACCUUCGCCUGAGCCUUGCUGAGACGAACUUCGCGUGCAAGUGGCGAGCGAGAA